AUGUCCACCGACGUCUCCCAGUCAUUGGCCGCCGCAAUGGCGAGACCACAGAUUGGAAUCGACCGUCUACCCGCCCGCCGCGUCUCCAACGAGCCUCGAGAGGCCAUGAACUGCAAAAGCUGCCGCAAGCGAAAGAUCAAGUGCAACCGCACCCGCCCAACUUGUGAGGCAUGCCAGGUCUUCAAUUGCCCGUGUAUCUACGAUGCUGUGCCCAAGAAGAGGGGUCCCAAGACCGAUGUUCUUGAAGCAUUGCUCAAGCGUGUGGAUGGCCUCGAGAAGCGUCUCGUCUCCGAGGGAAAGAGCGAUGACCUAACCGACAUUGACCCCUCCACCACCACCACCACCAACAACAACAACAACAACAACAACAACAACAAUAACAGUAACAACAACAACGCCACCACCACCGCCAAAAAUAACGGCAACAACAAGACCAACACCACUACCGUCGAUACCAAACAAGAACGUACCAGCUCCCAGUCCCCUCACGAUACCUCACCCACUCACUCCCACGCCACCAAUCAUGCCAGCCAGUUGAUGUCACCAAUCGAGCCCAGCUUAUCCACACCAGCGCUCGCACCUGAUCUACUGCUGGACACAUACUUUGCCAGACUCCAUGGAAAACCUUACUACAUUCUGGAUGAGAGCAACACGAGGCAGCGCCUGCACGCCAAUCAGCUCCCAAGCCACUUAGCCUAUGCUAUUUAUGCAGUGAGCGCCAGAUAUGCGCCCCACUUUGGGGGAUACAGUGCUGCGGUACGCAUCGGUCAGGAAUAUGCCCGACGUGCUCGCUUGGAGCUUGACAUUGAUGAGCCCUCGAUCGAGACUCUGCAGACCCUCAUGUUGCUCUCACAGGCCAAUUUCCAGCUUGGCAAGGGGAAGAAGACAUUCAUGUUGCUGACCUCGGCGAUUAGCAUGGCUUUUGCCCUGGAUCUACACCGCGAAUUACCAACGGCAAGCAAGGUGACUCCUGCCGAGCGCGAGGGCCGUCGACGAUUGUUCUGGUCCUGCUAUCUCAUGGAUCGGUUUGCUGCGACUGGAUCCAAACGGCCUUCGUUGAUUUCGGAUGAAUCCAUUGUUCUACGGUUACCCAGCUGGCAGCUUCAUCCAGGCGCUCUGCAACUAGAGGGUGACUAUUUCCCCAAUGGAUGCAAUUUACAAUUUAUGGGUGGUAACGGAAAAGGUGGACAAGGCAGCAUGGGUAUGCUGAUCGGCAUAUCGCGAAUCCUGGGCAUAACGAAUCGCUACCUCGCCGCCGGUGGUGUCAAGGGCGACUCGCACUUUCCUUGGCACUCACUCUCCAACCUAUCCAAGAUACGGCAGGAGCUCGACAUUUGGGCGUCGGAGACGCAAGAUACCUUCACCUCCAUCGAGGCAUUGUUUGGCCAACCUGACAGCACCAUCCUCGUCCUCAGCAAACUCAUCUACCACCUGAUACACUGCCUCAUCUACCGACCUUUCCUCCCCGUCAACCUGGCCGAGCUCUCUGGAACAUCCCAACAUCAGCCCUGGCAAAUCGAAGCAACCAACCUGUGCUUUCUCCAUGCAAACGCCAUUGCUGAGCUUGCUGAGAUUGGGAGGGCUUCGUCCAUUAUCGAUUGGCCCGCUUUUGUGGGCUAUUGCGUCUGCACAGCCGGCACGAUCCACGUCCACGGUGCCCACUACCCGGGCAGAGAAGGCGAGGUGUUCUCCGUGAGUGCCGAGUUUCUGUCGCGGGAGAUGCAGCAACUCGCCGAGCUUCGGUUCAUCUGGGCGGGCGCCCAACAUCAACGAGACACAUUACAAGCCAUCUACGGAUGCCACACGGAGCUGGUGCAAUCUUUGGAAAGCAACCCGAUGCGUUAUGCACCAGUCUUUCAACUCGAAGACUUUUUCGAUCGAUAUCCAACGCAUGUUUUUGACGGUGCUCACAUCACCUUUACCAACAUUGCGGUGGAGUCCAUUCAUGAAGGUCUUGCAACCUUUAACAUUGAACAACGCAACAACAUGUACAUGACAAGCGGCGUGAUCGGUGGCGUCUCCGGCUACCAGAAGCAGUCGGCACCAUCACAGCAGGGUCAAUAUGCGAAUGGCCACGCGAACAAGAGACGGCGAGCCACCACAUCAAGAAUAUCCUCACAACCCAAUCCAGCACCAGCACUACCAACGCCAACAUCCGCAACCCACCCACCGAUUAUCACGACACACCGAGCAUCUGACGCUGGCACGUCGGACUCGAAUCCCAGUCCAUGUGACAGCAGAGCCAUGGCGAACAACGGCAGUGUCCCACCUUACACGCCGCCACUGCACAGCAACACUCUAAACCUCCCGACCUCAAACGGGACCGGAAUCGCGCUGCCGUUUUCUCCCAACUUUUCGUUUUCGCCUCUGCCUCAGUUUGCGAGUUUGGCGCCCUCGCCGGUGCCUCGGCCGGCGAACCUUCAAUCAAACCAAGAGGGCCAUGCGAUGCAUUUCGACCCAAUGUUGAGUAUGCCGACGCCAUACGAGCAGCAGGCAACGCCCGGUGCGGGAAGUACGUCAGGCACGUCUGUACACACAGAUGCUGACAGCAAAGACCCGUUUCUUAGCUUGCUAGAGCAGCUUGCAGAGAAUGAGGUUAGCAGGGGCGGACCCAGCGAGCUGGACUUCUUUCUGAGUGGACAGAGUGGAUGA